CCCGAUAUUGAUCUAUUUCAUGCAAAUAUGGACAACAACAUUUAGCCAACGGUAGAUGAAGUAUUCCGCGCGGUGUAUUGUUUCUUCAGUUUACCAUUCAAAACAGGCUGGAACGAAUAAAAAUUCAUCAAGGUCACGAGUUCAUGUGAGGAGGAGUUAUGUGUGGCGAUAUUUGCUCACUUAAUUCCGCUUUACUUCUGUUUAUUUUAAUAUUCUUAAUCUUUAAAUACUAUAUACCUGCGGAGGUGGCUGCCAAACGGGAGCUCCUGUAGUUGCUCGUUAAAUUAUGGCCAAGUCCGUGUUUUUCUGCUUUUCUAUCCAAGCUAUAUGUAAGUAAAGGUUAUGUAUUUAUAAAUAUUUGAUAAAUAAAGUUUGUCGUUGUCUGUGACUUCUGAGCUCAUGAUACGAAACAGACAAACAAAGAAGACAUGAAAAGAUCUGACAUUUUUAAAGUGUUGUCUAUUGAGUAUGCGUGACUGGGACGUACUUAAUGGACCAUUUGCAUUAUAGACUAAAUUUUGAUCUAGACAAAAAUUUCAUCACAGCUUGAAAGAGCAUAACAAAAUUAGUAAUAUUCCAAAGUUUCGUUGCGAAAUGUUGUAAAAUGCGGAUAAUGUAGCCUUGCGAAGUUUGCAAUUUUCUGUCAUUUUAGUACAAACGGGAAAUCGACAACCUCAAAGCGUAUGGGGUUGUCAAUUUCCCGUUUGUAAUCUAAAAUGACUGAAAAAUGGCAAACUUCGCAAGGUUAUAUUCGCAUUUUACAACAUUUCGCAACGAAACUUUGGAAUAUUACUAAUUUUGUGAUGCUCUUUCAAGCUGUGAUGAAAUUUUUGUCUAGAUCAAAAUUUAGUCUAUAAUGCAAAUGGUCCAUUUCAGAUAUAAUUACCACGCAAAAAUUUCGCCAUCUCUACAAUACUUUUUCUAUUUUAUAGGUGUAAUAUUUACCUAUGGGAAGCAUUUACAGAAGAAAGACCAACAAUUCAUUGACAGUUUGCAGCAAUACGAGUUUGUUGAACCAAAAUUAAGCGAAUCUUUUACAGUUCACAACACUGGCGAAUUACCGGUACGUCCAAGUUUCCAUAAAUUUCAGGAACAUAAAUUUCAGAAAUAUUAGAAACCUGGAAUAUGAAUGUCUGCAGACAAUCUCCAUUUUGACACCUGGUUAGAAAUUCAAAUAUAUUGUCUUUGGUUUCGUAAUAUUCACAUUACCGCCUACGAUGGUCGAUGUAAAACUAGCAAUGUAUUAUGGUCCUAAAAUAAAUGUAAUUUUUGUUCAUAAGUUUAAUUUUUAAACCAUUUUAGGUCGAAGAAAAGAGACUGCUUUCUUUCCGUUUCCAAGGGCAGACUAUUAAAUUACAGCUGACACCAAACAGGUAAAAUAAAGAUAUAUUUUUAAGUAAUUUGAAUUGUUAUUAUUAUUAUUUUUCGAUACGGCCACCCCCUCAGCAGUGAGGAUUUUUGGCCGGAAUUACAUUGCAUUAGUUCGAAAGGUUCCCAGGAUAUUUGACAGGCGCAGAAAUUCGGACAAGUAAAUUAUAGGCAGCUGAUUUUAUCCGUGUUUAUUUAAGAUGCAAUUAUUGUGAUGAUGAUUUCUUUUGUAGGUAAAUAUUUACUACAAUAAAGCGAAAGCGGCACCAAUUUUCUUGCAUUCUCGUUAAGUUGUUAGCCUUAAUUAUACCUGAGUUUUUGAAAGAAGUUUUAUAUUCCGUUUUCGAUUUCCUUGUUGGUGUUGAAAUAUUCAAAUCUUUUACAAUGACCUUACGAUAACCUUUUCAAAGUGUUUGUUGUGGACUCAUGUUUCAAACGUGAUAAUGCGUUUAGGAAUAUUCAUAAGCGCCUUCCGUCUUUCCUUCGCGUUUAUCAUUACUCUCUAUAUAGGAGUGCUCAGACAAGUUAAUCCCUUUUAUGAUAACCAAUAACUAAAGUCAUAAAGUAAAAAUAUUAAAAAUUUAAUUAGGCUUUCUCACGAAGGUCUAAAUCCGCCAUUUUUGGAUACAAUUUUAUAAACGACGUGACAAAUCUAAGCGAUGUGAAAAUAAUUUUUCAAAUAUUCAACUGUAAAUCGAUUUAUAAUGAUUAUAUCACUGGAUUAUACUCAGAGCUAUGGUUACGUUAUAGAAAGUUUCAUUUCCACCGCUUACAAUCCCUGUUCUUAAAAGGUUGCCAGCCAAAAAUGGCGGUGUGAGAAAGGCUAUUUCAUUCACCCAGAUGAUGAGACGUGACGGAUCCUUUAAUUGUUUUAAGACCAUGUGUUUCAGUGUUUGCACACGUAAAUUUGACAUCAAUAGGGAGCUUAAGCAAGUGACUUUUUUGUCAACACUGACGCCAGCUCGUCGAGGGGGACUGGAUUAAGAACUGUGUUUUUGUCAGUUUGUGGUAAUCCUCAACACAUAGGACAAAACCUAAGAUUUAGUUUAAAGUUUUUUUGCUUCCUUAGACGAGCGUCGGGUGACGUACCUGUUGAAAAGAACGUCGCUUUCUUAGGGACCGGUCAUUAUUUAUGGUGGGGGCUGGCACCGAAGAGAAAUGGUUUUUGUGGCAAAAAUUUUGCUGACCCAACCAUUAUUAAAAAGCCAAAAAUUUGAUUACCCAACCUCAAAUAUGGAUUAAAAAAUAAAUACCCACCCCUGGCCAAAAACUUUACAAACGGAUACCAUUCAGUUGUCACACAUGUCCUUUACCACUUCUGUGACAUGAGCUUGAUAACUGCUUGUGCAAUUUUCUGCAGUCUAAACUGAUUUCAUGUUGUCUGCACAUGUACUUUCUUUGGAGACACCAUCUGUCUCUCAACAUAUCAAGAUAGUGACUCUGAUUGAUUCACAUAUUAUAUUGACAUCUGACUGUUGACAGUGCUUUUUGGUCUCCAAUAUUUCAGUGAGUCAUGCUUUGGAAAUGACAAUAAAUUUUUAUUACCCAACCCUUGAGUUGUUUUCUUUUUCAUGUACCCAACCUUUUACUCACUCAAAAUUUUGUUUACCCAACCCUUUUCUCUUCGGUGCCACCCCCUGCCAUAAAUAAUGACCGCUCCCUUAUGCUCACUAAUAUUGGACGCGGACGUGACAAGAAAUCCACCUUAAAUUCGCAGUGUCAGCAACACGGGUAAAAAAUAUGGAUUAUUUUUAUCAACAAAGAAAGAUACAGGUGAAAAACAAAUUUAAACUGGUAACAAAUCCAAAAGAAAAGCAUAAGUAACUGUCUUUUGUCACGUCCGCGUACUACAUUUAGCUCAUCUUAAGUUCGCUAAUAUCCUCUCGCACGUAUCUCUUGGAUCUUCACCCUGAUCUCAUCCUAACCCUUUGUACGCGAAACAUGAAUAUGUAUUAACAGUUCCCUCAAAAAUGCACAUUUACACAAACAAUGCUAAAUUGUAAAUUUAUUCAUGUGGUUGUUUUCAUACUGUGUUCAUAAUUUGAAGCAUCGUCCCGUUUGUCCCCUCAAGGAGACUAGGAGAGGAGGAUCGCCUCGACACCUUGACAUCUUUCUAGUCGGCAAAUUGUUUUCGUAGUCGGCAAAACAUGAAUUGGAUAGGAAGGAAAAGAACUAAAAUAUAUGAGUUACACUGUUUGAGAAGUAUAAUUAUGGCAAAAAGUUUGGGAAAUUUACGAAAACAUUAAGAAAAAUUAACUGAAUAAGGUACGUUAACCAUGAAGAAAAUUAAUUAUGUACCGCCUUCUACCACCUCCAACAAUUUUGGGAAAAGAAAUAUUAAUUAGUGGUUGAAACGACUCGACAAAAUUGCACUUACACCCCUCCUCACCCCCCCCCAUUAAAAUAGGGCUACGAUCAUCCCGAACAUAAUCCAUCCACCGCUUUCUCAGUCGUCCUCUCUUUCUUGUUCCUGAUUCCCUACGCUCCACACCCCAUCUGACAAACUCAUGUUCCUCCAUUUCUCUUCACGUGGCUAUAUAGCAUCUUACACUACUUUUUCGCAUCUUCUCUCUCAGCUCCACGACCUUCAAUUCCUUCCUUGUGUCUUUCUUAUGUCUGUAGCUAGUAGAUAUCUCAUCUCCACUACUUCCAAUUUCUUCACUUGUUCUUCCUUCACUGCCCAAGUUUCUGCGCCAUAUAGGAUCACCGAUGUUGCCAUUGUUCUGUACACUUGCGUCUUCAGUCUCAUUGGCAUCCGUUUGUCAAAUAUUAUUCCUGCUAAACUAUUUACUGAGGCAGUCAUGUUUCCACAUGCAUGGAACAUGGUAUUUCAAGAGUCUUGUGCGUCCGGACAGGUAUUCAAAAACUUGAAAUCAAUUAAUAAAAAAACUAUUUUUAUUAUUAAAAAUAUGUGUUAGUCCGGAUUGCAGACCAACCACUCAGGAACCAAUCAAAAUGCACCACCUUGCCAUAUAACAAAGUACAUUAUUCUAAUGAGACAUCAGUCUGACACCUAUGUUGAGAUAUCAUUUUGAACUAUAUUGAGUGUGGAUGUCUCCAGCACGUUUUCCGUAUAUACUUUUUCACAUCCCACGCCCCGCGAUUUCUUAAAAUCACGCAAUCUAUUCUUCUUUCAUCCCAAAUAUUCGUAAUGUAUAAACAUGAAUAUGUAGAAAUUUAAAAAAAUAAUAUGUAGAAAUUUUGAGGAGGAUUUAAUGUGGAGGCGGAAAUCUGAGAAGCCUGAGAAAAUUAGAAUAUUCUAAAACAACUUGUAAACACCUACGAAAUUUCACACAAUUAGGAAUAGUUAUUUCAUGAAUCGAAAGUAGAGACGUGAUCUGUUGGCAUUGCAAAGUAAACUGUUGAUUAAUUACUGGAGUAGGUACAGUAAGAAAAUUUGAGACUUUAUGAAUAAGCAAAGCUAGCUCAGCGAGCGUUUUAAAAUUUUUCGUCAUUUAUUCUGAGUUUUAUAUUUUCUUUCAGAAAUUUACUUUCUCCGAACUUCUUUGAAAGACAUGUCACUACACAUGGAUACAAGAUUGUUAAUGAGGUAUACUAGCCUCCUCUAUACAUGCAUAGCCUUUAGAUUUGCAGGCAGAAUUUGGUUGCAGGUACAAAGCAAGUAAACCAGAUGAACUACGAGAUACCUUCGGAGGAGGCUAAUGAAAAGAUAGAGGAUAUCUUCAAUUUCGUUGUAAUGAGCAAGACAGUGAGUCAGGAAUGAUUACAGCCAUCAGUUCUAAACUUUUCUCCUUCCAGCAAGAGCCAUCAAGUCUCGCCACAAGUCUGCCUCAAUACCCCUUUUAGCGGGCAAGUUGAGUUCGGUAUCCCUACAUGUAUGAUGUAUUAGAGAGGCUCAGAUUUGACUUCGUCAACCAAUUAGAUACGUUUAGUAUAUAUCCGAUUAACCAAUCAGGUCAUGUGUGUAUUAAGCCAGUGAGAAUUAUUCAAAGCGGUAGUCGAAGACCAGAGUACUUAGGAAAACCUGUGAUGAUUUGUUUAUAGUUAAACUAUUAUAACGAGACAUGCAUAUUCUGGGAAUCAAAACUCGCGGUCAUACUAAAACACUGGUGCAACCGCAACGAUGACAACACAAACAUAACCAACAACGACAACAACUGUGUUUUUUUUUUCAUUUUACAAGGCGCCCCGCAAUUGCUAUUUCCAUGGUCAUGUUGAGAGGCACAAAGAUACAUCAAUUGCAGCAAUUUCGUCUUGUGAUGGGUUUGAGUAAGUAUAAAAAAGUGCCACUUAAAUAUGCUAUUUUUAAUUAUGGUAUUAGGGACGUUCAACGACUGACCUGAAGCUAAAUUAUACAACGUAUUAUAACUGCCUCUUAAAAUUUUCUAGAGGUUACUUUACUUUGGAAGAUAAGACAUUUUCAAUUCAACCCGUGGAAUCGUUAAAUGGAGAAGUAGGGUCGAUAAUAGAACCUUGAGGGACACCUCAGAUUUUUCAGUAUAAAUAGAGUUGAUUAGCAAGUAUUUGAUUAAAUUUAUGCAUAUAUUUUUAGCACAUUACCCACUGAAAAACACUUCAGUGACGUCCGGAUAAAUAUAAAUAUAAUAAUAAUGAUGAAUAUAUUGUGCACUGCAUUGAAUGAGACAAACCUCAUUGUUUCUUUAGGUGCUUCACAUAGUGUUUGAAUCUGAACAUGCGAAUUUGCCAGAAUAUAAAUGUGGUUGGUACUAAAUAUUUUUUUUGCUUUAGAAUGGACCAUUACAAAUGUGAAGGGGGUGGGGGAAAGAACAGAAAAAUCCACACAAGCAAAACUUUUUGAAAAACUUCCAUACAACUACAAGAUGGCAGAAAAAAUGUAUCACAACACGAAACAAAAACACAUGCACACCAAGUGAACCGAGGGGUAAAUUACUCUGAAAAAAGCGUACGAAGAUUUUUGGGAUUAGAACUGAAAUCCCGGCAAUUUUUCUCGGGAUUCCGGGAUUUUUCCCCAAAUUUAAGGGAUUUUGGGAUUUUUUUCAGCUGAUUUUUUCGAAAUAUUUUCCCUUAUUUUUUUUCGCCGAACUUUUUCCGACAUUUUUUGCGACAUAUAAUCCGUCGAAUUAUUGUUCAGAAAUAAUGUAAAUCAACGGAGGGUAUUUUCACGGCAAUUCAUGAUUUAAAUGUUUAAAUUUGAUGGGAUUUCUCAAUAUUGCAAUAAUUUUGAGGAUUUUAUUGGGCUUUUCCCAAGUAUGUUAUGCAAUUUUUAGAGAUUUCUUGGGAUUUUGGGAUUUAGUAAGAUUUUGGGAUUUUUCCAAAGAUUUUUUUUGAUUUUUGAUGAAGUGUACGAAGAUUUUCAGAGUAAUUUACCCUUUUCAGAGUGAACCAUAAAAAAGUCCAUGCAUGACAGAACCAACCCCUCCACCCCAUUACUUUUCCAAUCGUCCGUCCCUUAGUCAUUAUCAUGACAAUAGUGAUUUUUGUUUCAUGCAAGAACAUGUUUUGCAUGCUUUUGGCUUUAGCUUUUGUCAUGAUUUGGUUUUCUCGCCCAUUAAGGUCACAGUGAAAACGGUCAUGCCAGUCAGGCCUCACGCGAAGCUGUCGUAGAACGUUUGCCAGAAGCAAAACAUCGAGUACGUACAGCAACUUACUGCUCAUAAAAGUAAUACAUGCGCCUUAAAACUUUCCACCAAAAUCAUGAAAAAAUACAUUGGAUAAGGGCUUGAAAUGACAUUCCCAAAGUUCUCGAUCAUGGUGUUCAGCUGUCAUGACUUUCCCCCUUCAAAAAUUUGUUUUAUUGAGUGCAUGAGAUGCCCAAAAUCUUUAUAUUUGUAUAGGUAAUAGUAUGUUUCGAGUGCAGUUUGGAAAAAAACAUGCACGAGCUAGUUUUUCAAAAACAAUCAAGUCCAAUUUGAAGUCUUUGAAAAACUCACGAGUGAUGUUUUUUUCAAAUUGCACGAGAAACCAUACUAUUACUUAUUAAUAAUAUACAUGAAAAAAUUAUGCAGUCAGGUGCGUAUAAAGUCACAUUUAGAAAUUAAGAAAAUUAAGAAAUUUGAAAAAUUAAUAAUUAAGAAAAUGAAAAAAAUUUUAAAAAUUAAGAAAUUUGCACUGUAUUUCUUUUUUUUUACACUGUAUUUCAUUUUUUUGGCACUGUAUUUCGAGAAAAUUGCACUGCCCGUAACCAAUCAGAAUAUAUACCGUGCAUUUGCAUCACCUUAAUCAGUAUUCAUACAGUACAUGAACUUGUGAUUAGAGCUUGACAAUGGACCUUUCACCUUUUGACUAAAAUUUAGAUUUCAACAAGUCUAGAGAAAAAUUUUAUCACAGCUUGAAAGAGCAUCACAAAAUUAGUAAUAUUCCGAAGUUUCGUUGCGAAAUGCUGUAAAAUGCGGAUAAUAUAGCCUUGCGAAGUUUGCCAUUUUCAGUCAUUUUAGUCAUUCCACAAGAAAUGUCCAUCUACAAUUCCUUUCAAAAACUUGUUGGAUUUAAUUUACCUUUCGCAGGUUCGUCGAGAUGUUUUAAGUGAAACGAAAUAUGUUGAAUUAGUAGUGGUCAAUGACGUCACUCAGGUAAUGAAUUUAUUAAUUAAUUUUUAUAUUUGCAAAUCAUCACAAUCACGUAAAUCGUUGGGUACUGUUUUCAUUUUAAAAUACUCGAUGUAUUGUUUCUCUUCUAGUACAAAAAAUAUGGUUCAGAGACAUCAACUCGUGCAAUUGUGGCGGCAAAUUUCGCUGAUGCCGUAAGAUAUAUAUCUUAAAUAUUCUUGCACAAAAAAUAAUUAGGCCCUGCAUGAAUUCACUAUGGCGAAAAUCUACAUAGUUUACCGUACGAAACGUUCCAACGGGGAAGAGGACAAGCCUUUCCAAGAAAACUGUUCAUAUGUUUGUGUGAUGUUGUCUCUGAGUGUGUUUACACCGGGUAGGCUGAAAUGUUUGCUUGACCGCGGUGGGAAUCGAACCCGCUAUCUUUGGUUUGCCAAAGCUUGCCCAGUGUGGUCAAACCUUUUCAGCUUGCCAGGUGUGCACACGCUCAGAGACAACAUCACAAACAUAUAUCUUCACCUGAGUGCAUAAACACCAGAAACAGAAAAACUGUUUAUUGCGGUUGGGCUAAUCAAAUAUGAGCCUUCCAUAUUCUUUCUAUGCGGAAUUACCGGGAUUUCUGGUAAACAAUCUAUAAUUCUCUGUUCUCCCAGCUUUCCUACAAGUGGUGAAGGGGAGGGGGAGGGGAGAGAUUAUUCCCACUUUUCGAUUCUCAUUCUAAGCAGCAAAUGUGUUGGUACCAGCCCCCACUCCCAGUCGUCCAAGCACCAUUUCCCCAGCGAAAUAAAAACCCCUGAAAUUCCAAAUGCCAUUUUACCCUUUCACGACCUUUCUGUAUUCCAUUCUCUAGACGUACCGUGUUCAAAAUAUCCGAGUGGUGUUGACUAUGAUUGAAAUUUGGAAAGAUGUGGAUCAGAUCGUUAAUUCAACGGAAAACGACAAAUUCCUGAAUAAUUUUAUUCAGUACAAGAUAAAUGUUUUAGAUACAAACGAAACAACCAAGAGUGACCAUGCUGUUUUAAUUACGUAAGGAACAUUAAACUGGGAUUGUUUUGGUUUGUGAAAAAUACCAUGUUUCUCUGGAAGAGGUCUUCAUCACUGUAAAUAAUUUGAUGAAGAUCUGGACUAAUGAAUCGAAAGAUUUCCCAAAUUAAUAGAUAUGGUAUAUCACCCGACGUGAUGAUAAACCUCUCUAAUUUGAGAUUAAAUGUUUUAUUUUUUAUUAGCACAAGUAUUUGUCGCUUUUCUUUGAAAUUGUAUAUCUUUUGAAAUAUUGCUGGUAACGUGUUCAAAAUUUGCUUCAAAAUUUUUAAUAAAACGAGCUCUCUUUGUCAUCAGUCUGAUCACUCUCUUUUGUCCGCCAUCUUGUUUACGUGAUCGCCACGCGUGGAUUUCGCAAAUCAUAUCAACCCUCGACGUUCUUGCGAUGCAAACAGCCUCGUACCCAGGCGCAAAUAACGUACUAAAAAUAGCAACACUACAGUGUUUUUAUAUAGAUCAGUGGCUAAGAUGAGCGAGAAUCCCGUCGUGUCCUGACCUAGCACCCCCGCGCGCUCGCUCAUCUUAGCCACUGAUCUAUAUAAAAACACUGUAGUGUUGCUAUUUUUAGUACGUUAUUUGCGCCUGGGUACGAGGCUGCCAUGCAAAGGGGAUUGCAUUUCUACUAGAGGCAACGCGCCCAUCAGUUAAUUUUAUUAAAUUAAUCAUUUAUCAAUUAUCAAUCAUCCAAGUGGGGCUAAUGGCUGUAAACGGAUGUAUGGCAAGUUAUAACUUUAUUUGUUUUUAGUCAAAGGCCGUUGCAAUAUAAUCGUCAGGGAUGGGCUGGCAUUGGGACAAUUUGUUCUCCAAGAUCAGCGUCUUUAGUUUAUGUAAGUGAAUAACUGUCAGUCGGUUUGAGCGGUCUGUUGGGUGCGAUCGGUCUGUCGUUCGGCUUGGCAGUCAAUAUAGGUCGGUCAGUCAGUCAGUUUGUCUGUCGGUGGUCUGUCAAUCGGCUGGUCCAUCAAUAGCUCGGUCGGUCAGUCAGCCUGCAGUUGGUCUGUCUGUGAGUUUGUCCCCGAGCCGACGGCGCGCCGUGCGAGGGUUCUAAUUCCGCACGGCUAUUUACACCCGGGUGUUUGAGAAUAUAGCGAAGUGCAAAGUUGUCCCAGUGAGUUGUCCUCCAUUAUGUGAUGGACGGUCUUCGACGUUAUGCGCGUGCGCGAGUACAAGCUCGCACUAAAAAGUGUUUUUCAUUUUGCAAAGAUGUAUUUCGCCGUUAUAUUUUUGCGAUGCAUUUCGCUUUAAACUGGAAACAAGCCUGCAGUUUCAUGAACUAGUGGUUGUCAACCGUGAAACAAAAUGUGAAAGGCAUGUACAAACACGAAUUUUGUCGAAGACGAACCACAGACGGCCCAGACGUGUAUUAGUGUAUAGUAAAUAUAUCAUUAUAGAAUAUACUACACAGUAAAAUUUGUAAUGAAUUUUAUAUUUUAAAAUCAUAUUUACUUCCCUACUUUGAUUGUAUGUGAUCGUCUUUUAUUUCUGGGCGACUUUACACUUUGUGCCUGCGACUGUCAACAUAGGUGACAGCCAUUCAGCGGUCAGUCAUACAUCUAACAAAUAAUUCCACUAAAUCUGAGUAUUUUACAUUAUACAGGACACAAGUACCAAAGACAUCUUUGGAGCAAUUUUGGCACAUGAAUUGGGACACAGUUUUGGUUUCGACCAUAUUGAAACUGGUAUGAUGUUUUAUGUUGUUCCACAUUCUCUUCAACACGCGAAACGAUUCUGUUGCAUCGAACCUGUAUUUCUUUUAACAGGGUGUUCAUGCAGAGACUCUGAACAUAGAUGUCUUAUGAAUAGUUAUGUGAGGUAUGUCAGAUCUUAUGUUAAGAUAUCGCGGUGCUCUUUGCCGCUGAGUUAUUCCUGCUACUGUAGUUAGAGGUUAAGAGGUUACUUGGGUAAAUUCCUUGUGCUCGAAAACUCAUGUAAUUAGAUUUGUGAUUUUUCUUCAUCAGUUUUUCUCCCUUCCAAAACUCGCCCUUCCACCUUAUGAUGUGCUCCGUGAACAGAUAUAGUGGUAGUCAGACUCGCCUUCGAAACGAUCGUUUGCAAUUACAUAUACAUCUAUACAUAUAUGGCUUUUAUUUCAUCACGCUAUAGCCUCUCUCAACUUUUUUUAGAAUACAAACUAAGCUCGUUUACGGGAUGGGCGUAAUUGCUAGACAUUCCAAGUACUUAACUAUUACUACUACAACUGCUAUGCAUUAGGUUAUUUACAAGUUAAAUUAAACAUUUUACAAUGAAAUUGAAGAAGUUCAAGAACAGAAAGUACAUGCAGUAUGCACGUGACCAUCUGCCAGUCUAUGUAAACUACAGUAUAUAUUCAAUUAUAUAGGAGGUAUGCGGUUGCAGUAAACAGCAGAUCGUAAUGCAACGUCUAAAUUGAUAAAGUGAGGUUGCAUUCUUUCCUGCAGACGGAAGGUUGUCCCACAACAUCCGACCCACUAUAUCUAAAACUUCGCUUGAGGAAAUUCGUUUUUUGUUUUGGUAGUUUAAAAUCAUGCAGUUUCGUAAGUUGUAACCUCUAUUACGAUCUCUGAGUCUUCAGCUAGCUCUUAAACACGGCGUAGAAUUCUCAUCGAGAACCUUAUUUACAGCAGGACACUUUCCGGCAUGAGCACUCAGUUGCAAGAAAAUAUAUGUUUAACAUGCCCUAACUUUACCUAUUUCUAUGAAUUUGGCACGAGAUCGAAGUACAUGCAUUAUACUGACUGAAACUUCGCUGAUAUUAUCUUUUGUAUUUUCAACAGUGGUGGUCAGUUAAAAUGGUCAAAUUGUACUGAAGCAAAAUUGAGAAGUGUUUUGGAAAGAAACUACGGAACGUGUUUAUUUAAUCAGCCAACAAAGCGGGUUUGUAAAACACUUUAAUAUUUCUAUUAACAUUUCUAAAUUAAUACUUCUCCUUUUACCAGAGAACUCUGAUGUGGGCCACAGGGAUGACUUUCUCGUUCUAAAUUGUUUCUAGCACAAUACUAAUGCUGAAUGCCAGAAUGGUUUCAUUGAUGAUGAGGAAGAAUGUGAUUGUGGAACGAAAGAGGUAGUUUAGUUUUAUGUACUGUUUAAUAAACGAGCAGGAGUGUUUUAUUAGGUUUAAAGCCACGAGCGCGCAGCGCGAGUGGCUUUAGACCUAAUAAAACACGACCUGCGAGUUUAUUAAAUGGCUUCAAACACGACUACAAAUUCAAUAGAUUUACUGCCUUAUUAGUAUUCUUUAUAUAAAGCAUACUAAUGAGGGCAGGACUACAAUAGAUACUGCCUUAUUAGUAUUCUUUAUAUAAAGAAUACUAAAUUAGGAGUGUUUUAUCAGGUUUAAAGCCACUGCACGUGACAUAUUAUGGUUGACAUGAUUUGCCAAUAAGCUUAUGAAUUAUUAAUGAGUGUUUGAAAAACUAAUAAUACAUUCAUGUUGGUUUUCCAAAUGCAGUCAAAUCACCUGCUGCAUGAAAAAGGUUUCUGAGCGUCCCAAUCACUGUGGUCCCAAUAUGCAUAAAUAGUUCUGUUUGUCGCAAUCGGACGACCUCGAUAGCCCAGUGGUUAAAGAGCGCUAAUUUUGCGCUGAUUCGUUAAACCAGAGACUUUGGGUUCGAUUUCCAGUUGGGGUGCUCAGAAACAUUUUCUUCAGCAGAUGAUUAUUGAUUUGACUCCGGUCGAUUUCCGGUUUUGUGUGCUCAAAAACCAACGUUAGGGCUGCUUUAAUUUACACUAUCAAAGUUUCUGUGAUAGUUUAAGUAGGAGUUUUGCAUAGGUAAAUCUAAGUUCUGAAGGAUUUGUAAGACAUUUUUGACAGAACUGACGCUCAAUCUCUUGGCGAAUCUUACCGCUUUUCUUGAUCUGAAAGGCGGGCUAUCCGUGAGGGGGCUUAAUUUAUUCUAUUCAUGUUCUUCUUUGUCAGGAAUGUGAACGAAUGGGGAACCACUGUUGUAACUACACAACAUGUAAGCUUCAUCCAGGCAGUGAAUGUGAUGUUGGACCGUGCUGUCAAAACUGCAAGGUAUAUUAGGCUGGUUUACGCUAUCAAAGUUUCUGUGAUCACAGUAGAUUUUUGAAAGAUUUGUGAGAAAUGUUUGAGGAAACUGACUCAGUGUUACUCUGGCUAUUUAUGGUAGAAUAUGCUACUGUGGUGUAUUGGACACCUGUGGCUUAAACACUAGAUAUUGGUAAACAAAAUUGCUGCAACUUACAAUAAAAACUGAUUUCAGUGCAUGUUAGUUAUAGAGAUUAGAGGUACUCGGAGACAAACACAAAAACGCAUAGCCUUCUGGCUGAGAUAAUUAAUAUGUGUUGAAAUCAGAUUUUGUUGCAAGUUGUUGGUCGUAUAUUGGUUCAUAUUAAGGAAAGAAUUGAGCAAAUAUUACAAUCUCGCAAGCCAGGCUUUUAUAUACUUUCGCUUCUGCAUGUCUUAUGGUUUUGCUCAUAUUUUGGAUUUUCAAGGACAGAGUCAGGUGCUUUUUUGUGACUGGGCUAGAAAAGUAGUUGUGUUUAUCUAGGAAAAUAUUUCUAAAUGACAACGUAUUACAAGAUUACCAGGUUGACUUGGACUUAAAUCUAAAUAUUUUUCUCCGCCACCAGAUAAAAUCCAAAGGUUUGAUAUGUCGAGACAAAGUCAAUGACUGCGACCUUCCCGAAUAUUGUGAUGGCAAAAGUCAAGUUGUAAGUUUGGCUCAAUUUCCAUAUUAACAUUUAAUAUAAACUAUCCUUGAAGUUGAACCAUUUCAAAUCCUUGUUAGGGACUGGUCAUAAAGUAACUGCAAGGGUGGGCUGGAGGCAAAUCACAAAUUUUGCCAAUAAGUUUGGUGACCCAUCUUAGGAUGUAGAUAAAAAUUUCAAAGCCCAUCUAAUCUUACAAAAAAAAUUUCAUGACCCACCCAAUCUAAAUUGGGAAAAUACACUUUUAUAAUAAAAAAAACUUGAAUUUAUUUUUUUAAUUCAUAAUUUCACCAAGCUUGACCAACACAUUCAUCACCAAUUACGGUACGACUGAGCUGCUCUCCAGUUGGUUGUAUUUGCUGUAAUUGGACCACUUCUUGUUGUUGUAUAAACAAAGUACUGGCUUCAAUAGCAUCAUUUGCACUUGAUAAUUUGGAUAGUUUUGUUUACUUUUAUUAUUAAUAUCUUUAUUUUUUGAAGUAGCAUGGGUUUUUGUUUGGUGACCCACCGUGGACAUACAAAAAAAUUGGCGGCCCAUCGAAACUGCCCAAAAAUUUUCCAUGGCCCAUCCCAAAUCACUCCAGCCCACCCUAGCAGUUACUUUAUGACCGGUCCCUUAUCCUAAAUCCAAACACAACAUAUCCUUAAUCACAGACCUGUACUUUUCCUAACUUUAACUCUCAAGGCGAAAUAUCGUGGGAACGUGGCCCACAUAAUACGAUUCAUGUCAUUAACAAAUACGAACACUGAAAUAUUUUUCUACGAUCUCCUACGUUUUUAGUGUGGACCAGAUACUUAUGUUCACAAUGGCAGACCAUGCAGCUUUGGACAGGUUUGUCUUUUAUUAGUUUUAAUUAAGUUUUUGAAAUACAGUAUACCUGUAUAGUAUUACUUACAUAAAAUACUUCUAAUUUUUAGGAGAAAAGCCUCUGUUACUUUGGAGUUUGUCAUACUUAUGAUAACCAGUGCAAGUCGUAUUGGGGUGCAGGUAUAGCUAGAUUAUUUAUAUAGUGGAUUUUAUUGAGUGACAGACAUUGUCCCACUUAGUAUAUAGAGCGUUUGCACAUGACGUCACAGCCGCCACGUUGGUGUUCCAAUUCAAAAUGAUUUCAAUUAGACUCUUUUGUCUGGAACACCAAUAUGGCCGCCAUGGCUUUUGCUGAGUUUUAAAAUGAUAGCAGGGCCUUUUUUAACAUACAAGCUGGGGGGGGCCCCGGUUACUCUGUGCCCACACGAAAUCACAUAAAGAAACACUUUUAGGGAAAAGUCCCUUUUCCCUAAAAUUAUACAAAUAAAUCAGCGAAGAUUAACAAAUACAUAAACGGAAAGUAAGUUUUAGGCUUUAUCCUUUGUCCUUGUUUAACAAAAUCGAAUGCAGGAAAUAGCAUUUCCGGGUUUCAAAUUUCAAAAAUUUUCUGGGGAUUAUCCCUCUAAUAAGUAAUGAGAAAUUACAGUUAAUAUUCUUUUUUACUUUUUGUGCAUUUUUUCCAUCUUUUAUUUCAAAUACAAGUAUAGUUAGCAUAAAUUUUAGAGCAAAUUUGGAUGCUCAGAAUGCAGGAAAUGGCAUUUCCGUGCUUCAAAUUUCAAAAAUUUUCUGGAGGAGUACACCCCCACACACGUGACCAUUGCUAUCCUCCUCUAAUAAGUAAUGAAUUAUGGUUAAUAUUUUUUUACUUUUUGUGUGUUUUUUUCCUUCUUUUAUUUCAAAUACAAGUAUAGUUAGCAUAAAUUUUGGAGCAAAUUUGGAUGCUCAGAAUGCAGGAAAUGGCAUUUCCGUGCUUCAAAUUUCAAAAAUUUUCUGGGGGAGUACACCCCCAGACUCAGACCCCCCAUUCAUGUGUGGUAUGUUGGCCACACGCAUGGCCUUCAGCCAUUGCUAUCCCCCUCUAAUAUAUUAUCUCACAGAAAGGUCCCUUUUCAAAAAAUGCCCCCCCCCCCCCACGGGAAAAUCCUUAAAAAAGGCCCUGAAUGAUAGUACGAUUACAAUGCAUUCUAAACUCCCAGAGGUAAUGAAGUUGCGGUGUUCACAAGAAAAGGGUGAUUUCUAAAGGUUUGCUUUUUUUAUACACCCUGUACAACAAUGAUAGUUAGGCAUGUGAGUUAUCUAAAGUUGUGAAUUGGGUAGCAAACGAACGUUAGCCAAAUUUGUCUAUCAAUGCAAAUAUUUGAAAAGCAUUAUUAUUUAGCCAUUAGUAUUUUUGCACAAGUGAAUACAGUAUAACAAAUCCUACAAGUUGAUUGUUCAAAUUUGACGUAUUGAGCUGUUAUAUUCACCUGAAUAUGACAAAACCGAAAUUUGCAAAAUGGCGGCUAGCCGCGUUUUGUGGAAGUUACUGAUAAAGAAAUAAACGAUGCAGUCUCAAAAAAAUGCAGUCCCAAAAAAACACAAAAGUCUUGUGUAUUAAAAAUACUAAAACAAUCAGUAUUCGCCUCAGGCUCGAUGAUUAUCGGGGAAUAUUCGCCUCGACUAGCUACGUCUCAGUGAAUAUUCCCCGAUAAUCACCUCGCUUUUGGCGAAUAAUUGUUAAAUGUCCUUAAAAAAACUCAAUAAUAAUUCAUGAAGAAAACACACAGAAAAAUCACAAGCGUGUCAUAUCUGUAUAUGUGAUACAGAUUCAUGUUGAUUUACAUAAACUUAACUUUGAUUUUCUCGGCUUAGACAACGUUUAUUUUUAAAAUUACUUCGCCAAUGAACUCAUAAGAUGAGUCGUAGCCAAUGAACUCGUAAGAUGAAUCCGAUACAACACGGCCGUUCAUGUUGUAAAUAGUAUUUACAACUGCACACGUGAGCGGACAUUUGUCAUAUGUGAAAUUGUUAUAAUCCGCACUGGACGAGUAUACAGCAGAUUUCGAUCAACUGACUUGUACACGAGGUGGAAUGUCAGACUUGUCCAGCAGGAGAUUAGAACGUUAGGGUUUGUAAUCCAAGUGAGUAUAUAUACAUUUUAAGACCCUUUAAGACCUUUUAAGACCACCUUAUCACAACCCGCACACCCGAUUACCUAUAUAUACAUGAACUUACGGUUACAGCUCAACAGCUGGCCUCUGUAGCUCAGUUGGUUAGAGCGCUGCACCGGAAUCGCAGGGCCGUAGGUUCAAUCCCUACCAGAGGACCUUGUGCUGCAUUUUUCGCAGUCGUUCCUGGUCAGGUCUUAAAAUGUAUAUAUACUCACUUGCAUUACAAACCCUAACAUUCUAAUAUUAAUUCCACCAAGUGAAGUGCAAGAAACCAAAUCAUUGAAAUCCACCAGCAGGGGAUUACUCUGUUUCGUCUUCAUUAAGUUUCAUCUAAAUUGUUUGUUUAGAUGCUUAUCAUUCGGAAUUUUGUUACAAUAAUCUAAAUGUCAGGAGUGAUAAACAUGGCUGUUGUAAGCUCCUUGGUCCUGACAAAUACAUGAAGUGUGCAAGAAAGUAAGUCUCUACUCACUGCAAGUUAUUUAUUUAAUUGUUUAAUUACUUAUAUUUAUAUUAUCUUCGUGUCUGUAUGUGUGAGUUGUAUAUCUGUGCGUUUGUCUGUCAUGCAGCACGAUAAUACCAAACGUAUUAAUGACCAUUGAUAUAUUUGUAGGACAAAAGGUGGAGUUACACGUGCAGCAAAAUUGCUGCAACCUGCAACAAAAUCUGGUUUCAACGCAUGUUAAUUGAAAAUGUUUACACAUAAAUUAAAAAUCACAAGGCAACAUAUGUGUCGACAUUUCUACUUAACAUGCGUUGAAAUCAGAUUUUGUUGCAAGUUGCAGCAAUUUUGUUGCACGUGUAACUCCAGCUUAAAGGACAUUGUGUAUCACAGGGUGUAUCAAAAAAAAAACUGAACAGAUUUGAAAUCGCUCUCAAUUUCGCAAAACACCUAUUUGUAUCCCGUUUUUUAUAUACAGGGUGUAUCAAAAUAAACGCAAUUCAUCUUUUGUGCUUAAUAACUUUCGAAAUACUAUUUCUAGUUAAACGCUUUUAGGCUUACUUCAAAGCCUGUUCUUUUCUCUUUCAAACAAACCAUUAUCCUUGUCUCCAAUGCUAGUAAUAAUUGCACAGGAAAAGAUUUAGUAAAACCUAUCAUUUUUAGUUCCUGUUUAAUUAUGCAAGUUUACUAUGUUAUUGUUUAGUCGGUUUAAAUGUUAGAAUUUUCUUCUUUAAGCUUUAAUGUUGUCGUCACUACAUCUGGAAAACCACGUAAGAACAAAUUAAAAGUAUUUUAAAAGAGGCCAGGUUGUUUGAAAAUCCUAAACGAAUGCUAAAAAUCGUCAAAACAUUCUGGUGUCUGAGCCAGAGUGUCAUCGAAUUGCGAUGUAAAUAUGUAAACAGAAAUUAUAGCAAGUUGAUGUCAGUCAGCUUAGAUGGUCCAAGCCAAAAUUAUAUCGCAUUUGAAGUUUCAAACUGAGUUAAAAAUAGUGGAAGAAAAGCCAUAAUUAUACUUAUUGUUACAAUCCAUUUAAUAAAAUGCAACAUUUUUUUGUUUUAAUUAAAAAAUAAGUUAUUUUCAUGAGAACGAUUUGUUAUUCCAUCUCAAUUUUUUUAAUCUCCAAUCGCAAUAACGUAAAGUAUUAUUACCCGCGAACCAAUGAGUCAAAUUUAAGAAACAACCCACUGUUAGAAAGCUGAAUGGGUACGCUUUAAAAUGAAUGUAAACUUUAAAGUUUUCGUGUAUUAUUUGUUUAGCAAUUUACAUUUUAGUCGAGGAUUGCGCUUUUUUUUAUACACCCUGUAUAUAGCUUCUUUGGGUACUUAUAAUGUAGAAUAAUGAAAAAAAAUUCUCAAACUCAAAUUUGGUGAACCAGGGGGGUGUGUCUUUUCCAACAAACUAUAAAUGGCUCGCGCACAAAAUUUAAAAGUUUUAAUCAUAUUUUGAGUUAAUAGAUUUUUAAUUACUGUACAAAAUUUCAGACAAUUUGGUUUAGUUUAAGCCGUUUAACUAUUCAUUUUAUUCUAAAAAAUCAGCCUUUCGCAUGCUUAAUUAAUGCAUUUACCUAAUUUGCAUAUUGCUAACAUAUGCAAAUUAGGCAAAUGCAUUAAUUAAGCAUGCAAAUAGCUGAUUUUAGUAGGAAAAAUGUAACUUUGCGUGAAUAGUUAAACGGCUUAAACUAAACCAAAUUGUCUGACAUUUUGUACAGUAAUUAAAAACCCGACAAAUUUUCCAUCUAUUAACUCAAAAUAUGAUUACAGCUUUUAAAUUUUGUGCGCAAGCCAUUUUUAUUUUGUUGGAAAAGACACACCCCCCUGGUUCACAAUAUUUGAGUUCAAGAAUUUUUUUUCAUUAUUCUAUAUUUUAAGUACCCAAAGAAGCUAUAUCUAUAAAAAACCGGAUCCAAAUCGGUGUUUUGCGAAAUUGAGAGCAAUUUCAAAUCUGUUCAGUUUUUUUUAUACACCCUGUAUAGUUGUUUAUUCGUUUAUUAGGGGCUGAUUACAUGGAACGAUUUCAGCCCGGGCUGAGUUUCAGGCCGGCUACCCUGAUAUUUAUCCAUUAGUGUACUUAUAGUCAUUUAGUUAAUCAUUUGUUUGCCUAUACUUCCCUAUUUAUAUUUGCAGGGAUGUACUAUGCGGUAAACUUCAAUGUAGAAUGAGUAAAGAGAUACCCUAUAGAACACCAUUGAAGGUUGGUCAUCAUGCAAUCUUCGCAGGAUUUCGAAUUGGAACCAAAGUUGUUAAAUGUUGGUUAGUUUCACAUUCUUAAUCAUAUCAUCAUUUUAGGCUGCGCCCGCAUGAGGUUUCACAUUCUUAAUCAUAUCAUCAUUUUAGGCUGCGCCCACAUGAGUCCCCCCCCCCCCCUCCUUGGUUUCACUUAUUCUCACGGGAAUUUCCGAAUUUGUACGGUUAGUUGCUUGUAACAACAAUUUUUGACUAUAUGAACGCAUCGGUUGGCUGUAAAUUCGGCUAUGCAUUGCAUGACAUUUAAAACAAAAAGGUUUAAAAAGCUAAGAUUUUCAGGAACAAAAGAUAUAGCUAUCAUGUGGGCAACCCAACAAAGUGCCCGCCACUUUUUCAUCGUGGAAAUUCUAGUACGGUUUCGAAUUUAUCCACCGCCUUACUAUAGUGUUCAAAAUUUGGGAGGGUCAGUGUUGGCGGCGAGAAAUGUACAGCUUUUCUUGGUUUCACGACUGCCCUCAGUGCGACUGCCACAAAAUCUAAGCAAAAAAAUCUACUUUUCCAUGUUUCUACCUGGCAACAAGGGAUACAUUCUCUGCUCGAAACUUCUCUCAAAAUUAUUUUGCUUGUUUUAUGCAGGAGUGUUAAUUUGAGAACAGACGAUCCAGAUAGUGGUAUAGUUGAGACAGGAUCAAUGUGUGGUGAGAACAAGGUACAGUAGAAUUUCUUGUGGGUAUGGGAGGUUGGCCCACUGCCGCUAAGUUAAACCUGCUACUAUAGGACGAGGAUGGUGGGAUUUACAUAAGGUAACUUCUCCGUGCUUGGGGGAACCCAGCUACCAGACCGCUCGUGUAAGCACACGCUACUUUUCCCGACGAAUGGUCUUUACUCGAAAUGUUCUGCGUAUAUUUUUCAGGUAGUUGUAUCUCUCUCAAUGUUAUCGUCACCGACCCAUCAACGCUAAUUUAAGCCUGCUACUGUAGAUCGAGGGUAGCCGAUUUACUUAUAAGGGUAACUUCACUGUGAUUGAAGAACUGGUCAAUGAGUAGAGUUGGAUUAUUUUUCUCCUGUACUUUGAGGGAUUUUCUCUGGAUCCUCUUGUUUUCCUCGGCUCGCUCGCCAAGGCGGCCUUGUCGUGAGAUAAACGUUUGACAACAUUCCGUGCACACGAGCAAUAAAACCUGUUAAGGAAAUCGUGUUGACCGUACACACACGAGAAGGUAAAUUUGUCAAGGAAAGUUGUCAAGAAAAACUUGCUCGUUUGUACAGAGGUUACGCGUGCGAUGUUUUUGACAACACGGAUGACAACCGGAACUCAAUUGCAGAGUUAGAGGAUUACUCCUUUUAUUCUCUAAUUUGUGACUCAUUCAAUCGAGCCGUUAUACAGGGUGUAUAAAAAAAACUGAACAGAUUUGAAAUUCGCAAAACAGCUACUAGUAUCCAGUUUUUGAUGUAUAUAGCUUCGUUGGGUACUUAUAAUGUAGAAAAAUGAAUAAAAUUUCUCGAACUCAAAUUUUGUGCCACCAGGGAUGUGUGUCUUUUCCGACAAACUAAAAAUGGCUCGCGCACGAAAUUUAGAAGCUUUAAUCAUAUUUUAAGUUAAUAGAUGGGUUUUUAAUUAGUGUACAAAAUUUCAGACAAUUUGCUAGCUUUAGUUUAAGCCCUUUAACUAUUCACGCAAACUCGCAUAUUUUCUUAAAAAAUCAGCUAUUUGCAUGCUAAUUAAUGCCUUUGCCUAACUAAAGCGAAUUGUCUGAAAUCAUGGACCGUAAUUAAAAACCCAACAAAUUUUCUAUCUAUCAACUCAAAAUAUGAUCAAAGCUUUUAAAUUUCGUGCGCAAGCCAUUUUUAGUUGUUUGUUGGAAAAGACACACACCCCUGGUUUACAAAAUUUGAGUUCGAGAAUUUUUUUUAUUAUUCUACAUUAUAAGUACCCAAAGAAACUAUAUAUAUCGUAAUUAAUCUUUCUCACGAAGGCCAAAUUCGCCAUUUUUGGGGUACUUUUAUUGAAAACAACGUGAAAAAUCUAAGCGAUGUGAAAACAUUUUUUCCAGUAUUUAACUGUAAAUUAACUUAAAAUAAUGAUUCUACUCACAAUUAUAGUUAUACAAAUCCCUUAUUCACUGCGUAUUUUUGGAAAUUUCAGAUUUUUGAAAAAGGCAGUACCCAAAAAUGGCGGCGCGAGAAAGGCUAAUUAUUAUUGUUGCUAUGUUGACCACAAUGAAUAAUUCUUUGAUGUGUUUCAUGUGAUAAUAUAUUCUCAGGUGUGUUCCAACAACACAUGUCUGGAUGUCAAAGAAGUGUAUGGUCAACCCGAGUGUCCAAAUAAUUGUUCUGGGAAUGGAGUAAGUAUUCCUUAACGCCCGCUUGCAGCCUGAACUUGUUUCAAAUAUUCGGGCUGAGAGCAGGCUGUCCUUAAAACGAGUUGGUCAUAGCUACAAUCACUGACAAUGAAUGGUGGGACACUUGGAUUGAAAGGUACUAACAUCUAAGCCCUCGUUGUCUCCCUUGCUGUAUGCGCUGGGAGAGUUCUCAACAAAACAAUAGAACGCAGAACCACUUCAGACAAAAUGUCUGCCCCAGUGUUACUGUGUCAGCUAACCCACAGUUAAGGGCUAACCGGUCCACGAAUUUUGUCACUGAUUGUAGUUAAUAAAGUUUAUCUUUUUAGUUGAUUUAGUUAAUCAAUAUUAAGUCAUAGGAUUGGGUAGGGUAGGGUAGGGUAGGCUGGGCUGAGCUGCUGAGCAGCUGAGAUGGGGUAGGGUAGGGUAGGGUAGGGUAGGGUAGGGUAGGGUAGGGUAGGGUAGGGUAGGGUAGGGUAGGGUAGGGUAGGGUGAGCAUGGAAGGAUAAGACACUGUAGGCUGCUUCUCAGCUAUAACAGUAUAUAACUGGCUUUGUUUAUGAACUUUUGAACUUCGGAAUGAAGUUUGUAACAUUGCGCAGUGAAAAUUGAGUUCAAAUCGACUGUGAGUCACCAGCUAACAACACUAUUGGUUUAGAUCUGUAACAAUCUUGGUCAUUGUCAUUGUAACCCUGGUUACGGCUGUCUGAAUUGUUCCGAGGAAUGUGACAGUGAAGGUGGUAGUGUUGACAGUGGUAAUAAUUGUUACUGUCCAGGUGUGUAUAUCCAUAAAUCCUUUAAUAACCCACACAUACUAUAAUAUAAGAUCCUUUGGUACACAAAUGUGCCCCUUGCUUAUUAAGUGAUCGGAAUGUUCCAUUGUCUUUUCAUUGUUUUAAAAAUCCCACUACUCACUGUUUUACAUAGUUCUUAUUUUUGAGUUGUUUAUAAGCAAAGAGGCUAGUUUUACUUCUGGAUUAAGCAAGCACUUGUGGGACGUUUAUCAUUGAAAGUCUGCAUUGCAUGAACUUUGCAUUCUAAAACGAGAUUAAAUAUUUGAUUUAAAACAUAUUAGGUCCAACAACUGCUCCGAAGACCACUGAGAUUGGUAAAACAACACGUCCACAAACAACUCAUGAAACACCUAAAUCACCAACUGAGCCUAUUGCGACGACUAGCAGAAUUUCUGAAGGUAAUAAAAGUUCUAUGUUAACUUCGUUCAAUAACCCCCACACACUACUGUAUAAUAUAAGAUCCUUUGGUAGAAGAAUGUGCCUCUUGCGUAUCCAGUGAUCGGAAUGUUCCUUUGUCUUUUCAUUGUUUUAAAAACCCCACCACUCACUGUGUUACAUACUGUAGUUCUUAUUUUUGUGUUGCUUAUGAAACACCUAAAGAACCAACUGAGCCUAUUGCGACGACUAGCAGAAUUUCUGAAGGUAAUAAAAGUUCCAUGUUUAUCAUUAUUCCCUGCUAUGCUUUUUUUACCUAGAACAAUAUGUGAGUUAUCUACAGUUGUGAAUUGGGUAUAAUCAAACCUUCCCCAAAUUUGUCUAUUAUCUGUUUAUGUGUUAGUUUUGUCAAGUGUAAUUAUCACAUGGCCAGAAAUCCCGGACAUAAUUUAUUCUAUCUCCAUAAAAAUUUACAUAUCGCUUUGAAAUAUGACUUUAACUGUAAACAGUAAAUUGUACAACGCGAUGAGGUAAAUCGCAAAAUCAAAGAAUAUGGUAGAUCGUUUCCAACUUGCCGAAAUCGCUGGUGCUAAAUCGAAGUUUGUCGAUGUAUCUAGUGUAAUUUUGGCCUUAAAGUUGCUGUUUUUCCUGCUUUUUAGUUUAUUCCAAGUGCAGUAUUUUAUAUAGAGUUAAAUAGACAAAUGUAGUUAAAAUUAACCUCUGUACAAAUAUAGAAAAAACAGGACUGGUAGUAACUUAAAUCAGGCUAAUUUUACACUAAAUUCUUCGACAGGCUUUGUUUUGCAUCCAGCGAUUGCGGCAAAUUGCAAAUGAUCUACUACAUUCUCCGAUUCUACGUUUACAACAUUGCGUUGUACAAUCUACCAUAUAAUGUUGGAGCGAUAUUUUAAAGUGAUAUGCAAAUUAGUUGAAAGUAAGUAGAAUAAAUUAUGUCCGUGAUUUCUGGCCAUCUAGUUAUUUGUUAUCUUUGUUUUAAAAACAGGUGGGGAAUCGACAGAUGAGGAAUCAACAGGUACUGCAUGUUUAUUAAAGGACAUUGGCAAUAAAAAUUGGUUUGUCUCAUUCAAAAGAACUUUUAAAAUUAUAUAUUAAACUCUAUUACCGAUUUGUCAUAUUUUGCUUAGUUCUCGAAAUAUUUAGACCGAAAUUAAUGAGCUUUCCGCCAUCUUGGAAAAAUGCUUUACCUCAUUAACUAUGGUUUUGAUGACGUCAGGAGUUGGGUUAACCAUAUAAAACUACUCGAAAAUGACCGAAUAACAAUCCAAAAUUGUUUGAAAUGUUUUUAAUCAUUUCUAAAUUUCUGACAGCAACCAGAAACGAAGUUUUGGACCCAUACUGAUCGCUUACUGUCAAGAUAAAAACAUUAGCGUGACCCCUCUCUUGACGUAACAUGCAUAUCCUCAAUAAUCCAAGAUGGCGAACAGCUCACUUUUUUCAGUCGAAAUAUUUUGAAAACUAAGCAAGAUAUAAACAAUCUGUAAUAGAGUUUAAUAUAUAAUUUUAAGAGUUCUUUCAAAUGAACUAAACUAAUUUUUUAUUGCCAAUGUCCUUUAAUUGAAAUAGCUGUAUGAUAGUAAAGCAAAUGAACAAAAACAAAACGAAAUAAAACUGUUUAUAUAUACAUAGAUUUAUAAAUUUACACUCUUAUGUACUUUUAAAUAUAUCAUUUGUAAAUUCUGAACGCUGAUUGGCUAAGAGCCGUGUUGAUAUAACUCAAUGUCAACACGGAAACGUCGGAAAAUUUCUUUCUUUAUAUUUUUGAGGGGAAAUAUUAAGGUGUUGGCCUUUACGUUUUGGCCAUUUUUUGCCCCUUUUUAGAAAAUGAAAAAUGGGCGAAAUGGACGAUAAGUCAAGGUUUUUUUUUAAUUUUUCAAAAAUUCGACAAAAAUUUAAGAUUGAUCUUUUGCCAUUUUUCGCCACUUUUUCAAUUUUUCGAAAAGUGAUAAAAAAUGGUGAAAAAGUAGGGUUUUUUUGAUAAAUUAUUAACCUUAACAUUUUUCAAAGAAAAUUUUUGUUUUUUUUGUUUUUUAAAAAGUGGGUAAAAUUCAAGAAAAAUUUCUGGCUUACCCGUUGAAGUGCCCCAACCUCAAUCUCGAUAAAAUGUUGUGGGGUUAA